AUGCUGAGCCUCAAGCUGCCGCGGCUGCUCAGCAUCAACCAAGUGCCCAAGGGGUACCAGGAGCAGGGGAUCCUCUUCGGGUAUCGCCCCCCAAGAAGCUCGGCAGCAGACUGCCUCCUCAGCGUCUUCCAAAUGACGAACGAGACGCUAAAUAUCUGGACGCACUUUGUGCCUGCCUGGUACUUCGUGUGGACCCUGGUGGGGCGGCUGCGGGGAGCGGUCCCCCCCGCCUGGCCCCUCCUCGCCUACCUGCUGACCUGCUGCAUCUACCCCCUGGCCUCCAGCUGCGCCCACACCUUCAGCACCAUGUCCACCCGCGCCCGGCACAUCUGCUACUUCUUCGACUACGCGGCGCUCAGCAUGUACAGCUUGGGGUCUGCGCUGGCUUACUCGGCGUACGUGUUCCCGGCAGAAUGGGUCGACAGCACUUUCCACCGCUGCUACGUCCCCGUUGCGGUGUUUAACACUCUCGUUAGCACCAGUCUCUCCUGCUAUUCCAGAUUCCUGGAGGUGGAGCAGCCCAGGUUCAGCAAGGCUUCCCGCACCCUGGCCUUCGUGUACCCGUACCUCUUCGACAGCAUCCCCCUCUUCUACAGGUUCUACCUGUGCGCGGCGGAGAGCUGCACGGAGGCGGCGGUCCUGCUCCACUACAAGCACACCGUCUUUGCCUUCCUCACCUGCUUCAUCUUCGCGAGCCACCUGCCCGAGAGACUCGCGCCGGGACACUUCGAUUAUAUCGGGCACAGCCACCAAGUUUUCCACGUCUGCGGGAUCCUCGGCACGCACUUCCAGCUGGAGGCCAUCACGCUGGACAUGGCCGAGCGCCGCCGCCGGCUCCCCCUGGCUGUCAUCGGGCUCUGCGCCGCGUCCCUGCGCUUCAUGCCGGAGCCUCUGCAGAGAGAAAAACCACACGGGCAUUAG